AUGGACAAUGCUGUUGAAGACGAAGGGGAUAACUCAGAUAUUCAGAUGGAAGUCGAAGUUCCGCAAGGAAACCUCUAUGAAAGACGAGACUUUCAUGAAAUGCACCGACGUUACCAGCCUCCUCCUUUGCCUAUUUCACUUCAGGAGUGUGUUGAGAACGGAGUAUUGCAUAUCGAUAGAGCAGCACGUCUUAUUUUGUCGGAAGUGCGAAGACGAGAAUUUAAUGCAGUUUAUUACGAGUUUGUCAGGUUCAGAUAUUGUACUGCGCGCCAGGGUCACUUACGGCACAUUGAACCGCCUGGUAUGAUCGGACCUGCAUUCGCUUUGGCAGACUGCUAA